AUGGCAGUCCCUUUGGAAAAGACGGUUGAAAACGCUAAUAAUUCAGGCAACCCUGGACUCAUAGGACAACCUGAAAAAGAAGAGCGGCAGGAAGAUCUAGUAUUUAUUUGGCAUAAAAAAUUAGCUGAUAAGGAAAAUUCUAUUCUAAGCUAG